CCGCGGGGUGGCCUGGCGGUUUGGUCUGGAGCAGCUGAAACCGGUUUGAGCGGCGCCGCUUCCUGCCCCUGUGCUCGGCGGCGGGCGGCCUCGGGGAGCGCUGGCGAGGCGCGGACGGCGGGCGCCCGGCACUCGGCCCGCGGGGCCCCUGCUCUCGGGCGCGGCGGCGGCGGCGCGAACCCGCGGUCCGGCAGCAGGUCAUCCUAAAGGAAAUUCGCCAAAAUGACAUCUUCUCAGGUUACCUUUGAAAUAAGAGGAACUCUUUUGCCAGGAGAAGUUUUUGCUAUAUGUGGAAGCUGUGAUCCUUUGGGAAAGUGGAAUCCUCAAAAUGCAGUUGCUCUUCUUCCGGAGAAUGAGACUGGGGAAAGCAUGUUAUGGAAAGCAAACAUUGUACUCAGUAGAGGAAUAUCUGUUGAGUAUCGAUACUUCAAAGGGUGCUUUUUAGAACCAAAGACUAUCGGUGGUCCAUGUCAAGUGAUAGUUCACAAGUGGGAGACUCAUCUACAACCACGAUCAAUAACCCCUUUAGAAAAUGAAAUUAUUAUUGAUGAUGGGCAAUUUGGAAUCCACAAUGGUGUUGAAACUCUGGAUUCUGGGUGGCUGACUUGUCAGACUGAAAUAAGACUACGUUUGCAUUAUUCUGAAAAACCUCCUGUCUCAAUAACAAAGAAAAAAUUGAAAAAAUCUAGAUUUAGGGUAAAGCUCACUCUAGAAGGUCUGGAGGAGGAUGAUGAUGAUAGAGUAUCUCCCACAGUUCUUCACAAAAUGUCCAAUAGCCUGGAGAUCUCCCUAAUAAGUGACAAUGAGUUCAAGUGCCGGCAUUCACAGCCUGAGUGCGGGUAUGGCUUACAGCCUGAUCGUUGGACCGAGUAUAGUAUACAGACAAUGGAACCAGACAACCUGGAACUAAUAUUUGAUUUUUUUGAGGAGGAUCUCAGUGAACAUGUAGUUCAGGGCGAUGCCCUCCCUGGACAUGUGGGUACAGCUUGCCUCUUGUCAUCCACCAUUGCUGAGAGUGGGAAGAGUGCUGGAAUCCUUACUCUUCCUAUUAUGAGCAGAAAUUCCAGAAAAACCAUAGGCAAAGUGAGAGUUGAUUAUAUAAUUAUUAAGCCGCUACCAGGAUAUAAUUGUGACAUGAAAUCUUCGUUUUCCAAGUAUUGGAAGCCGAGGAUACCAUUGGAUGUUGGACACAGAGGUGCAGGGAAUUCGACAACAACUGCUCAGCUUGCUAAAGUGCAAGAAAAUACUAUUGCUUCUUUAAGAAAUGCUGCUAGUCAUGGUGCAGCCUUCGUAGAAUUUGACGUACAUCUUUCAAAAGAUUUUGUGCCUGUGGUGUAUCAUGAUCUGACCUGUUGUCUGACUAUGAAAAAGAAAUUUGACGCUGAUCCAGUUGAACUAUUUGAAAUUCCAGUCAAGGAAUUAACAUUUGAUCAGCUUCAGUUGUUAAAGCUCACUCAUGUGAAGGCAUUAAAAUCUAAAGACCUGAAAGAAUCUGUGGUAGAGGAAGAAAAUUCCUUUUCUGAAAAUCAACCAUUUCCUUCACUUAAGAUGGUUUUAGAAUCUUUGCCAGAGGAUGUAGGCUUUAACAUAGAAAUAAAAUGGAUCUGCCAGCAAAGGGAUGGAAUAUGGGAUGGUAAUUUAUCAACAUAUUUUGACAUGAAUCUAUUUUUGGAUAUAAUUUUGAAAACUGUCUUAGAGAAUUCUGGGAAGAGGAGAAUUGUGUUUUCUUCAUUCGAUGCAGAUAUUUGCACAAUGGUUCGGCAAAAGCAGAACAAAUAUCCAAUAUUAUUUUUAACUCAAGGGAAAUCUGAUAUUUACCCAGAACUCAUGGACCUCAGAUCUCGAACAACCCCCAUUGCAAUGAGCUUUGCACAGUUUGAAAAUCUACUGGGGAUAAAUGCACAUACUGAAGACCUGCUCAGAAACCCGUCCUAUAUUCAGGAGGCAAAAGCCAAGGGACUCGUCAUAUUCUGCUGGGGUGAUGAUACCAACGAUCCUGAGAACAGGAAGAAGUUGAAGGAACUUGGAGUUAAUGGUCUAAUUUAUGAUAGGAUAUAUGAUUGGAUGCCUGAACAGCCAAAUAUAUUCCAAGUGGAGCAGUUGGAACGCCUGAAACAAGAAUUGCCAGAGCUUAAGAGCUGUCUGUGUCCCACCGUUAGCCGCUUUGUGCCCUCGUCUUUGUGUGGGGAGCCGGACAUCCAUGUGGAUGCCAACGGCAUUGAUAAUGUGGAGAGUGCUUAGUGUCUGUUGAGGCGAGGCCGCGCUGGGUAUUCACGUAUCGUCGCUGAACAUUGUUUGUCUCUGCCUGUUAGGUUUCUCGGUCCAAUGAAGCAAUAAUGAAGUAUUUUACUAUUCCACUACAGUUCUUGCUCGAAGUUCAAGUAUGCUAUUUAAAUCACUUGGCCAGGUAUAAUUACCAGUCUCUUUUAAAUUGCAAAAAGUUAUUGGUUGGUAAAUGUUUUAAACUAAAUACAUAAGCAUAUAAUGUUGAAUGUUCAUGAAGAGCCUGUUUGCAUUUUGAAAUUAAUCAUAUAAAAUCUCCCAUUGACACUUCUGACACCUUUUUACUUGAUCAGGUCUGAAAUAUUUCGUACUUGUGGAACAUGACUAUGCAUAAUUAUACCUGACCAUGGGAAAAAAAAAUAAGUACCUCAAAUGCAUGCAUUUGCACUGGUGAUUCCAACUGCACAAAUCUCUGUGCCAUCUGUGUAUAUAUGUAUUUUUACAUGGUUUGACAUGCCAUUUACCAUUUCCAUUCAGUAUGAACCUUGAGGCUGCUGCCAUUUUCCCACUUACUUAAAACCAAUGCCUGUGUGAACAGCCUCAAGGUAAUCCUCAAAAACUUGUUUCAUAAGUCUUUCAGAAGUUGUUUUGCAUAAAUGCUAAAUUUCAAGACGCUGCAGGGUAAUUUAAUGUAUAAAAUAUUAGAAGUAUGUAUUGCAUACUUUAAUAGAUCAUAAUGUGUAAAUUCUAUUCAAUGCAUGCUUUAGAUUUUAAGCAUGAGAUUGUACAUGUUUACUGGGAAGUCCUUGCAUCUGUGGUGCUAGGUGAGUGUGAGAAGGUGUCAAGGACUGAAAAUAUUUUGUUGCCUAAAAAAAAAGGUCCUUUUUGUAGGCAUUUUAAAUAUGCUUAUUAUAAAGUGUCUCUCACUACCUAUUACACACCGUUGCUUUGUGGGUUUGUUUUGUAUAUGUAUUGUACAGUAGUUAAAUCUCCAUGCAGAAAAAUAAAUGUCAUGAAUUCUCAUAUUGGUAUUCUUUAUUGGCUAAUGUAUAUCAUGCAUGUAAUUUACUUAGAAAUGUAGAUGAUCCUACUAAAUCUCUAUGCAUGUUUUUAGAAUUAGUAAGGUUUCUUUCAUUAAAAGCAGAUUGUUUUGGCAUAACUGUAAAUGAAUGCAUGUUAAAUAAAAUACCUAAGCUUAUUUUCUUCAUUAUAAAAUGAAAUUUCAAGAAGCGCUUUUACUUUUGUAGAAUUGGUAAAAAUGUUCUAAAGUAAUGGCUUACUUGCCAGGAUCAUUUUCCGCAUGUUCGCCACUAAGAAAAUGUACUCAGAAAGUAACUGCGUACUCACUAAUGACUAAGAGCAUUUCUAACUACACACUGUGUCUUUCUGUCUUUUAAACCACACAAUGCAGAUGUCCAUAAAUCACGGCUGUGUGAAUAUAAACUUUGAAAUCCUGUGACAUUGUAUUUGUAACACUGCUCUCUGACGGAAAAACAGUUCAGGAUAUUGGAGUCUUCCUCUAGGGCUCCGUGUCUGAGCUGACAUUGAGCGAGGUAUUCACCACCUGGCUCUUUCAGAAAACUCCUAGGAAAGAAGGUUUUUCUCAGCUGCCGGCCUUUGAAGAGUCAGUCACCACACCCGUUGGUGACCUAAUAAGCCAUAUACAUCUAUUUCCAGUUCUCUUCGUUUGCUCCUCUGAUGCCUCUUCAGUUCCAGCAGAUCUUAAAGGGAAGAAGAGAGGCUGUGGGAAGUGGGGGGCCCCGGGGGUUCCCCAAACAGUGGAGGUGACUGAGCCCAGCUUAACCGUGCCUCCUGACGCUGUUCGCUCUGCUGCUCCUUCCUGAGCAGAUGUCCGGGUGUUGGUCGAUAGGGAAGGCUGCUGAGUACUGACUCUUGGUUCCACAGGACUAAGUCCAGGGAGCUGAGUUGCUGGCUGUGACUGCUCUCUGUGCCCCCCACAUUGUCCCCAUGCUAGGCCCUUGCCUCGCCCCGCCCCCCUUACUUCCGCAUGUCUGUGGCCUUGCGCCUCAGCCUGGAAGCCCUCUCCUCCCUACAGUGCGUCCCCGCCGGGCGCGUUUCUCCCAGGCAUUCUCGGAACCCCAGGCGAAACUCCUUCAGAAGGAUGGAGCCUGCUUCGCACUCCGGGGUCACACCACAGAAGCCCAGUUCGUUCUAGGCAGGCCCCGUGGUCGUGUGCCUUUCUGCCUGGCUCUGGGUCUUCUCUCCACCAUGCAGGGAACCGAAUAGGAAAUCAGUGUUGGGACAGUUGGGAUCAUUUGUGUCAAAUGCUGUUUGAAAUCAAGAGUUUUAAUGUUUACUUAAGAAUGUCAACUUUGGAAACGGGUUUACAUUUUGACAAGUUUAUCGAUGUCAAUUUUCAAUGUAGAGAUAAUAUUAAAUUAUAUUUUCUGAAAUUGAAAUGUCUGGUGAAAUGCCACCAUGUUCUCGGGUAUAUUUUCUGUCCCCUGGAGCCCUGUGCCCUAGCCGGCUGGAAGGCAGGGGUCACUGGUGCGUGGGAAUCCCCCCACCCCACCUUGCGACAUGUGGUUGCUUCUCCCCUGAAAUCCCCUGUGCAGGGCUACCUCAGCACCCCUUCCUUGCCUGAGAUGCCCUCUGUGUCCCCUUCAGUGGCUCACUCAGGUACACGCCUCCUCCAUAGAGCUUCCCUCAGCUUCUGAUGGGGCUCGGGAUGCAAAUGUAUGCAGGCAGCUUCUUCCUCGCCUUCGUUUUGCCGCUGGGGCAGGCAACCCAGAGAAGUGACCGAGUAGGCAGGUUUGGGCGGGAAUCAGGCCUCAGGACUGUGUGUUCCUAACCCCCCUUCUGAACUCUUGCGGCUUUACCCUCUGCUUUCUUGGCCUCCAGCUUUCUCUGUGCCUGUUUUAUUUCCCUAAUAAGAUUGUGAGCCCCUUAAGGGCAGGAUUUCUUCCCUAGAAACCGCUCUGGUGUCCUAUGCUUAGUGAUGACCUAGAUCAAUAAACGUGGUGGCAAUGACCUAG